AUGAACGACUCCCUCGGCGCACUGCUCGCCAUCGCCGUCAUAUGGCUGGUUGUCAAGCUCGCGUUCGGCGGUGCGUAUGGCGGCAGCGCCAAUGCACGCCCGACCAGGGGCCUAACGACAGCCCGGGCGAGGCCUGUACCGCAGGAGCUGGUCGACACGGUCCAGGCCAUGUUUCCACAGGUACCCGAGGCGUCGAUCCGGUACGACCUCUCGCGAACUGGUAAUGUUGAAGCGACGUGUGAUCGAAUACUGCGUGAAGGCGCCUUGCCGCCGCCGCCCUCUGGUCUGUUCCAAACACCACCAGGCGGGGCACGGUCUGAUGCCCCUGGCGGGCAAAGAGCUGCGUCCGGAUCAAUAGAACCAGCAGCGCGGCCCACUGCAGGAGUAUCAGCGGCAGCGAACGAAAAAGCACAAGACCUCAUCUCGCGAUUCAACCUUCAAUCGCGUCUAUCUGCUUCCGAGAGGCCAGGGCAGGCUGCUGUCAGCAGCAGUGCAAGCAGCAGCACCGGCAGCUGGAGCGAGUCGCGCCAGGAGCGCGAACAGGCUCUGCGGAGUAGGAAAGAAGCUGUCAUCCUCGAAGCAAGGCGGUGA